CUUUUUCUCCGAUGUACCUUAUGGAUUCGGGUCUGGUAUCAAGGUCACUUUCAUGAAUUCAAAGGCAAUUUACCAGUGAUUUCUGGGUGCUGGGGCUGACUUCUGUGCGUAUUUGAUUUCAUUGGCUGUUCUGGGAGUUUUAUGAUUCCAUACAAAUUUUAGAAGUAUUUGUUCUCUGUCCUUGAAAAUACCAUGAGAAUUUUGAUGUGGAUUGCAUUACAUCUGUAAAUUCCUUUGGAUAAAAUAAUCUGAAUUUGGAAGGCAAUUUGUUGUCCAAACAUAGCUAUGUAAACUCUACCUGGCUCUGGGAGAUCACAUUAAAAAGAAGAAUGUCUUCCAAGCAAGCCACCUCUCCAUUUUCCUGUGCAGCUGAUGGAGAGGAAGGUAUGACCCAAGAUUUGACCUCAAGGGAAAAGGAAGAGGGAAGUGACCAACAUGUGGCCUCCCAUCUGCCUCUGCACCCCAUAAUGCACAACAAACCUCACUCUGAGGAGCUACCAACACUUGUCAAUACCAUUCAGCAAGAUGCUGAUUGGGACAGCAUGCUGUCAUCUCAGCAAAGAAUGGAGUCAGAAAAUAAUAAGUUAUGUUCCCUAUACUCCUUCCGAAAUACCUCUACCUCACCACAUAAGCCUGACGAAGGGAGUCGGGAUCGUGAGAUAAUGACCAGUGUUACUUUUGGAACCCCAGAACGCCGCAAAGGGAGCCUUGCCGAUGUGGUGGACACACUGAAACAGAAGAAGCUUGAGGAAAUGACUCGGACAGAACAAGAGGAUUCUUCCUGCAUGGAAAAACUACUUUCAAAAGAUUGGAAGGAAAAAAUGGAAAGACUAAAUACCAGUGAGCUUCUUGGAGAAAUUAAAGGUACACCUGAGAGCCUGGCAGAAAAAGAACGGCAGCUCUCUACCAUGAUUACGCAGCUGAUCAGUUUACGGGAGCAGCUCCUGGCAGCGCAUGAUGAACAGAAAAAGCUGGCAGCCUCACAAAUUGAGAAACAACGGCAGCAAAUGGACCUUGCUCGCCAACAGCAAGAACAGAUUGCAAGACAACAGCAGCAACUCCUGCAACAGCAGCACAAAAUCAAUCUAUUGCAGCAACAGAUCCAGCAGGUUCAGGGUCACAUGCCUCCGCUCAUGAUCCCAAUUUUUCCACAUGACCAGCGGACCUUGGCAGCAGCUGCUGCUGCCCAACAGGGAUUCCUCUUCCCUCCUGGAAUAACAUACAAACCAGGUGAUAACUACCCUGUACAGUUCAUUCCAUCAACAAUGGCAGCUGCUGCUGCUUCUGGACUCAGCCCUUUACAGCUCCAGCAGCUCUAUGCCGCUCAGCUGGCCAGCAUGCAGGUGUCACCUGGAGCAAAGAUGCCAUCAACUCCACAGCCACCAAACACAGCAGGGGCAGUCUCACCUACUGGGAUAAAAAAUGAAAAGAGGGGGACCAGCCCUGUAACUCAAGUUAAGGAUGAAGCAGCAGCACAGCCGCUGAAUCUCUCCUCCCGACCUAAGACAGCUGAACCUGUAAAGUCCCCAACUUCUCCCACCCAGAGCCUCUUCCCAGCUAGCAAAACCAGCCCUGUCAACCUGCCCAACAAAAGCAGCAUCCCCAGCCCCAUCGGAGGAAGCCUGGGAAGAGGAUCCUCUUUAGGUAAAUGGAAAGGUCAUCACCUGGAAGAGACUUAUGAAUUAGAUAUCCUGUCCAGUCUCAACUCUCCUGCAUUGUUUGGAGAUCAGGAUACAGUGAUGAAAGCCAUUCAGGAGGCUCGAAAAAUGCGAGAACAGAUCCAGAGGGAGCAACAACAGCAACAGCCACAUGGCGUUGAUGGUAAACUGUCCUCCAUGAAUAAUAUGGGACUGAAUAACUGCAGGAAUGAAAAGGAAAGAACACGUUUUGAGAAUUUGGGGCCCCAGUUAACAGGAAAAUCUGGUGAAGAUGGAAAGCUGGGCCCAGGUGUCAUCGAUCUUACUCGGCCAGAAGAUGCAGAGGGAAGUAAAGCAAUGAAUGGCUCUGCAGCUAAACUACAGCAGUAUUAUUGUUGGCCAACAGGAGGUGCCACUGUGGCUGAAGCACGUGUCUACAGGGAUGCCCGGGGCCGGGCCAGCAGUGAGCCACACAUCAAGCGACCAAUGAAUGCUUUCAUGGUUUGGGCAAAGGACGAGAGGAGGAAAAUCCUUCAAGCCUUUCCUGACAUGCAUAACUCCAACAUUAGCAAAAUCUUAGGGUCUCGCUGGAAAUCCAUGUCUAACCAAGAGAAGCAACCUUAUUAUGAAGAGCAGGCCCGGCUUAGCAAGAUCCACUUAGAGAAGUACCCAAACUAUAAAUACAAACCUCGACCCAAACGAACCUGCAUUGUUGAUGGCAAAAAACUCCGCAUCGGAGAGUACAAACAAUUGAUGAGGUCUCGGAGACAGGAGAUGAGGCAGUUCUUUACUGUGGGGCAGCAGCCUCAAAUUCCAAUCACCACAGGAACAGGUGUUGUGUAUCCUGGUGCUAUUACUAUGGCAACUACCACACCAUCACCUCAGAUGACAUCUGACUGCUCUAGCACCUCUGCCAGCCCAGAGCCCAGCCUCCCGGUCAUCCAGAGCACUUAUGGUAUGAAGACAGACGGUGGAAGCCUAGCUGGAAAUGAGAUGAUUAAUGGAGAGGAUGAAAUGGAAAUGUAUGACGACUAUGAAGAUGAUCCCAAAUCAGACUAUAGCAGUGAAAAUGAAGCCCCGGAGGCUGUCAGUGCCAACUGACAGAGUGCUUGUUUGCGGAAUUAAAAUACUCUGACAUUUCACCAACCCCCCUCCCUAAACAAAAAAGUUCUUAAAGAGCCCGCAUGCAUUUGUGGCUCCACAAUUACAUCAGCAGAAUGGUCUUAAUUGUUUCGUAAAGUGUGAGACAGAUUAAGUUUUUCCCUGAUUUUUCAUGAACUUGAGUUUUUUUGUCGUUACUGUUAUUGUUGUUGUUGUUUUUUAAUUUAGGUGAAGACAUAUUAAAUAUGAGACACCAGGACUUGAAAACUUAUCUCGACCUAUAGCUGUCUUACAAGUCUUAUAUUUUUGUCUUACUUUUAAUUAUUUUUUCUUUUGGAUGUUGAUAAAGGUUUAAGUUACUGUUUUAGAUGGGGUUAAACAUUCUCACUCAGGUAUGCUGUGCCGGCCUACAGGUUGUGAAUGUGUUUUUAUUCUGAAUUACUUUAGACAACAAUUGACGAUUUCAUAUUGUGAAACAGAACAAGUCCACGGCGUGUGCAGCUGCAUGUAGAGCAUAUUCUAAAG